CCUUUCGGUGUGGUGAGGAAUUGGUCAGCUCAUGGUGUCGUGAAACAAGCACUAGUCGCCCAAGCACGCCAGUGCUUUCCUGACGUUGGGUUCAUGCUCAUUUAAACACUCGUAUAAAUACCGUCAUCUCACGUAGUACUGCCGCCACGAGGCUGUGGAAAAAUAGGAGGCUGGCGGAAAUUUGAGGGGCGCCAUUAUGGCGUCAUACGUCAACUGGCUUGAGCCAGGACCCUGGGAGGACGAUGGCGGGACCGCUCUCACGUCGCUGGAGAGGCGACAGCGGCGUCAGCGGGAGACAAAGGACGUGAACGCGUUCUACUCCAGCCUGGGCUUUUUGUUUUUUAUCAUCACUGGGCUUCUGGUCUGGAGCGAGGUCAGCGCAUUCUAUACCAGCCCCAGCCGCGCUCUCACGGGGGCGUUCGCUCUGGAGCUCGUGAAGUUUGGCGCUGUUGCCUGCUCUCAGCUCAAAUCGCUCUACUACCACGUUGGAAACUUCGCCUGGACGCUAAACGCCGUGGUGUAUGGGCCAGAAUUUGCAAAACACGGUGUGAGCGUCACGCAUGGAGCAGCAAAACUGCUAACGAGCGGCCUCUAUUACUUGGCUGUCUUGCUUUCGGGUCUGCUCGUGUAUGUGGCGCUCCCCCACCUAUCACGCGUGCCAUUGCGCGCCGCCGCCCGCAGCACGGCGGCGACGGGCGGCCUCUUUGCCGCGCCGCCGCUGUACUCGCUUGUCACGGCGCGCCUGUGGGGCGGUGUGGCGGCGCCGCAGCCGGUGGUGCUGCUGGCGCUGGGCUUCGCAGUAGCCAUGUGCGCCGCGGCACACUGGAUGUCGCGGCGGUUGUCAGGGCGGCUGCGGGGCGAGGUGGCAUCGUUGGGGCUGGGGCUGACCAGCUCAGCCGCGGGCGGCAGCGGCGCGCAGUCGGCGGCUGGCAGCUCUGCUGGUGGGCUCGGUAGCGCGCGGCAGCGCAACGGUGCGACGGCAGGCGGGGCAGGCGGUGGCAGCGCAUACAGUGGCGCCGGCGCCCGCAAAAGUGGCGCGGCCCUUGCUGCGGCCGCCGCCCCUGCCAGCAGCGCAGGGACCGCUGCGGCCGGCUCCAAAAAGGCCACUGCAGCCUCCUCCACAUCCCCUAGUACUAGCAAUGGCCACCACCCCACGUACGGCCGCACGCCGUCAGGCCGCGGGGGCGGUGGCAGCAGCCCGCCGCACGACCCGACGCGCCCGCCGGCUUCCUCCGGCAGCCGCACUGGCACCUCCUCUAGCUUUUCGGGCCUGCCUGCGUCUAUGACCGGCGCUGCCAGCGCCGGCACACCCAGCAAUGGCGGCGGCGGCGGCACUGCUACCGCGCCUGCGCCCGACCCCGUCAGCGUCCAGGCGUCAGCGCGCAGCCUCAGUGGCCGCGAGGGCAGCACAGCGCACGCCGGCUCUAGCUUGCACGACCCAGUCGCGCCCAGCCCGCGCACAGUCGGGGGCUCGACCGCUGCGUCAGGGUCGUCCAAGCAGGCUGGCGGCGGGAAGGGCGGGAGCGCUUCAACAGCAGCCGCAACAGCCCACGACCCCGUUGUCGCCCCGUCCGCAAGGACUGCGGCAGGAUCUAACUCCAACACUAGCAAAACCUCGCAGCAGCAGCAGCACCAGCACGCGGUAGACCCCGUGGCGGCACCCGCCGGCAACGGCAAGUCGUCGAAGGGCUCGGCAACGUCAGUCGCGUUGGCUUCCGGUGUGGCCGCUGCGACAACGACAAAUCCCGUGGCGGCGCCUAGCGGAGGGAAGGCGCAACAGGCCAACUUGACAACCUCCUUGUCAAAGCAGGAGCAACAGUCUGCGGCGGCGGCGGCUGUAGACCCCGUGGCGGCGCCCGCGUCCAAAAAGAAGGGCGGGGGCGCGUCUUCCGGCUCCGCAGCAACCGCCACUGUUGUCGCCACUGCAGCCACAACGUCUGUGUCAGCUGCCCGCCAGGGCUCCGGCUCAGCUGGCGCGGCAGGUGGGGGCGGCGCCGCCAGCAAAGGUGGCGCGGCAACUGGCAAAGCCGCAACUAACGCGUUUGCGCCAUCUGCUGCCGUGACCGGCUCCUCAGCCUCCAGCGGCGGCAAGGCGUCUACCCCUAGCAACAACCCGGUCGCGCCCGCGCCGGCGGCAGCGACCGCCGCCGCGUCUGGCAACACCACUAGCACCACCGCUGCCGGCGGCGGCCUGCUCGCGCGCCUGACCGCCACAGUUAGCUCCGCUGCCGCGGCGGCUCCAGGGCUGGCAGGGAGGGUGGGAAAGAAGGCCGCUGCGCCGCCGCCGCCGCGCAAGGGCCCCAACCCGACGCCCACCUACAUUAUCGUGCCCCCGCCGCCCCCGCCGCCGCCGCGUAACAAGCCGCCCGCGGCGGGGGGCGCGGCGGCGGGCGCGGCGACAGCCGCCGCUGCUGCUGCAUCAACUGCGGCGGCAGCAGCCCCGGCGACGCCAGCUGAGCAGCCCGUUAAGAACGCAUGGCUGAACCCCAACCCGGUCAUCAAGAUUGCCAGCGGCGCCGCCAAGGGGCCCAAGCCGUCUGCAACAGCACUCGCCGUCGCCGCUGCCGCUCCUGCAAGCUCCACAGCCGCUGCAGCGGCGGGGAAGCAAUCAGGCGCCGCCAACAGCGGACCGGCGGUCGGUCGCGGCGGGCCGCCGCCGCCGCCGCCGCCCGCUCGGACCACGUCCGCCGCCUCUGCCGCCGCCGCCACAGGUGUCACGACUGCCGACCCUCCGCUGCUCAGCACGCGCACCUCCGCCGGUAGCGCCACUGCCUCGGCCUUCGCUGACCCCGUGGCGCCGCCGCCCGGGCCCGGCGCCGCUGCCGCCGCCGCCGUCGGCGACCCCGUCGUGUACCCUCCCGGGGGCCACGGCGGUGGCCUGCUCGCCAACGGCGCUGCCGACGGCCACGCAGUCGGCGCCGGCGGCGCGCCCAACGGCCUGGUAUCCGCCACCAUCAUGACGUCUGACCCGAGCUUGGGGCCGCUGGUGGCGCACAAGCACGCCUCUGGCGACCUGGACAUCGCCUCCGUCGCCGCCAACUACCGGCCCUACCCCUCCGCCACCAGCAUCCCCGCCGCCGACGUCGACGGCGACUCGUUCUCCUUCUUCUCCAUCCCGCCGCCGGUCAUCUCCGAGGAGGGCUCCGCCGACCCCGCCGCCACUGACGCCGCCGCAGACGCCGCCGCCGCCACUGCGCUCAUGGCGCUGUACGGCGGGUACGGCGGUGUCGGCGCGCUCGAGGCGGCGAUGCCCGGCUUUGGCGCGGACCCGGUCUGGAGCCCUAACCCGCACGUUGCCGGCGUGGGCGGUGUCGGCGCCACCAUGUUCCCCAGUAGCGGCGGCGCGCCGCUGCCGCCGCCGGGCUUUCCCAGCCACGCCUACGGUGGCGCCUUCGCCACCGGCCCGCUGCCGGGUGCCGGCGCCUGGGGCGCCGGCCGCGGCUCCGCCGGCGGCGCGGCGGCCGCAGAGCCGGCGGCGGCGGCCGCAGAGCCUGAGCCGCUGCCCCUGCCGCCGGCCGGCGACAACGCGGUCCUGGCCUCGCUGGGCUUUGUGGACGACGGCGGCGCGGGCGGCGCGGAGGAGGGCUCGGACGCGGCCGGCACGUGCAGCAUCUGCUGGUCGGCGCCGCGGCAGGUGGGCUUCCUGCACGGCAAGACCAGCCACCUGUGCGUGUGCCGGCGCUGCGCGGCGCAGCUGCGCGAGGGCGUGCACCGCUGCCCCAUGUGCCGCCAGCUGAUCGAGCGCAUCAUCGACAUCUUUUAGGCGAGUCAGCCGGCGGCGAGCGCCAGCUGUUGCCCGCGUCGGCUGCGGGCAACGGCAGGCGCGGAUUGGGCAGUAUAAUGUGUUCGCGGGCGCAUGCAAUACGAGCGACCCCGGGCAUCGCGGCAGGCUUAGGCGGCAUGUGCUGGACUGGUGACGGCGGCGCCAGGAACGGCAGUUGCAGCGACCGUGACCGGACGGCGCAUUCCACGGUAGCAGACUAGCAGCCGUAGCAGGGCCGCAGUGCUAGGGGCACUAGCACCGCGCUGCGUGUCCUGCUGGGGGUUGCAGAGUUCUGAUGGAGCGUCAAGGUGGACACGUCUCGGCAGGUUCAAGGCGUGGGCUCAAGCCCGUUGCGUUUUCGGCAUUCGCAGUGGCAGUGGCUUGCACCCGUCCUGCGGCCACGUGAGGGCUGCGCGCCUGUGGUCGUCGUUGGCGGCGGAGUUGUUGUGUGGGGCUGUGUGCGGGGCAGGACGAGGAAGAGCCGAAGAGGAACUGUGUGUCCGGUCAGGCGGCGCGACAGCGAGGAUACAGGGCCCGCGAAAGCCGCAACCUGCCGGGAGUGCGCCCGCACGAACGAGCAGCGGCGGCUGAAUGCAGGGCCGGUAGCUGCGUGCAUGUAUGAGUGUACCAUGAAGGCUGAACCGUAACCAGCACGGCCGCUGCGCAACGGUCAUGACAUGCCACGCAGAACCAGUAGAUUGUUUACGCACUGCCGAAAGUCUGUAAGCAGGGGUUUGUCUCGUUUAAGCCCAGCCAAUUUUGGCGGGAGUGGGUGUGCCUUGAUUGUUUACUUGUCCAUCGUGCACUGAGCGUGCGGAAUGGUGGCGUGCUCGCAGCUCACGAAAGAGGCAGUGCGCAUAGCGGUGUGUAUGCCCCGCAAAGUGCGGGCAUGGUCACACGCUCGGCUGGUGUCGGUGUGGCAUCGGAUAGCAAUAGGGCUCGCAAUCUUUGACCACACGGUAACAACGUAAGACCGCCAACACAGGUUUAGGCUUCUGGUGUUCCUGGGAUGGAAUGGGAAGUGUUGGUCCUAUGAGCGGCCAUUGACCGCGUGGUCUGACACGACACGAACCGCACUCGUGAUGGACGGCUGUGCGCGUAUUGCUGCGUGUACGUGUGUUUGUCUGUGGAGGGUGGGACAGGGGAUGAAAGUAAGCAUGCCAUUUGUAUGACGUCGUGCAUCUUGGCAUUGGGAGGGAGGCAGGAUACACGCGCGUGCGCAUUGAUGACUGAUGGUGCCGCAGUAGGGUGACUGAGGGUAGGCAACAGGGUUGGUGUACGACUGUACACCAUAAAGAACGACACAUGGGUUACUAGUUGAGCUCCGGCGCAGAGUUGGAUUCCAACUGCACACAGGAAUCCAACUUCUGUCGGAAGUACAGCGCACCAAACACAUUACGGCUCGUGCGCGGCCCUGCUUCGAUUGGUCCUUGUUUGUUAAGGUAGGAAGGUGGCAAGCCACUGAGUUGCUGCUGUCCCGGGCCCCUGCUCCAACCACCCAGAUGCUUUUUGUGUGUUCGGCAUGGGCUGUUUCAGCUUCCCCUGGGUUCCCGGGGCGCAUGCAUAAGCUGCCUCUGAAAUCUAAUGCCCCACA